AUGACAUCUGCCGUCCAGUUGAGCGUCAGAGAAAUUUCUGUCUUUUCGGAGGAAUAUAAAAAGCGCCGUAAACUGCAAAUGGUGCGGUUCUUCGGCGCUACUGCUUUCACAUUGAUAUCAGCCCGUCUGGCUUUCCGAGGCGUCCAAUCCCGCAAAUAUAUUCCCACAAUGUUUCAGCUCAAUCAUAAACCCCCGCUGUAUUCCUUUCAGGGCGAGGCCGUCAGCGCCCUCGCAUUUGGAACAGGGCUUGCCACUGGCUCUUUUGGUAUGUUGGUAUUUGGAACCUGCUGGAUAGCUGACAUAUCAUCCUUCGCGGAGUUUACACUGAAGGUCAAGAAGCUCAUGGGUGAACCUACUACCCAGGGCAUUAACGAGCCCAUGGAUCCAGAAACACAGCAAGUUGCGCAGGCACUCCAGGAUCUACUUGAUAGUGCCAAGCGUGAUUAA